CUCUCUCUCUCUCUGACUUACAAAAAAACAACCAAACCCUAACAACCCUAAAAGAAAGGGAGGGGAAAAAAAAAAGUGAUGGCUCACACCAUGUCGGAUCGCGAUCAAGGGUCCGACCGGUCAACGCAGGCCCGUCUCUACGACCCGUACCAGGGACUCCAGGUCCCGAUCCCGGCUCGGAACGUCUACCAGCUGCCGACGACUCCGCAGUACCUCUUUGACGAGGAGGCGCGCCGGCAACGCCGCGGCUGGAGCGACAACAUCACCUUCUUUACCGGCUGUGGAUACCUCUCCGGGGCGCUCUGCGGCGGCGCCUCGGGACUCGUUUCCGGCGUCAGGUCCUUCGAGCCCGGCGACACCUCUAAGCUCCGGCUCAACCGGGUGCUCAACGCGUCGGGGCACGCCGGACGGGCCUGGGGUAACCGGAUCGGCAUCAUCGGACUCAUCUACGCCGGCAUGGAGAGCGGUAUCGUGGCCCUCAGGGACACCGACGAUGUCUGGAACAGCGUGGCCGCAGGGCUCGGCACCGGCGCGGUGUAUCGGGCGGCGCGUGGGGUGAGGUCGGCGGCCGUGGCCGGCGCCGUCGGGGGCGUUCUAGUCGGUCUGGCCGUCACCGGGAAGCAGGUUAUGAAGCGAUAUGUGCCGAUAUGAGAGUUCUGGUUCUGGUUGCUCUUUCGGUUUGAGUCUUAUAAUUUGUUGGUAUGCUUUUUUCUGCUUCAAAUAUUGGAAAUUUUGAUAGCUGAUAUGUGACGAUAUGUGGAAUUUCAUUUGAUUAAUGAAUAGUUGAGGCAUGGGAGAGACAUGCGACGGUAGUGUUUUUUGUUUUGUUAUGUUUUAUUUUUCUUCUAAUAUAAUUUGUCAAAUAUUCGGCUAAUGAAUAAGAAUCAGGAUGAAUGAUGAACUUGAA